AUGUCUGUAGAUGUGGUACCUAUGCCAUGGAGCGUGGGCGGCAAGGCAGGACUAGACAGAGGUCCAAACAGAGGUCCAAACAGUGAUGAGCUAGUGGAUGGCAUGCAUCCGUCUGACUGCCUGUGCGUCGCGUUGGACGUGCAGAAGAAACGUCAUUGGGCGGGCGCACCCCAGACGGCGCCAAUGCACCGAAAUAUCUUUGGCCCGCACCGUGUCAGACGUUUGUUUGCCAUGUCAUUCGACUCCACCACGACCGGCCAAAGACGCUGGCUGAAUUGCUGGCUUGGUGGGCAGCAGCUUGGCGGGUGCUUGGAAGCAAUAUUGGCCUAG